UCAGGAGAUUAACUCCUGGAGAAAACAUAAUAAUGAUUUAGGUAUGUGUAAUUAGUAACGCAAAAGAGACCAGGUCCUAGGGGAAAUGGUUCGAUAGUAGUGUCAGGGACAGUCACAUUUAUUGUUUGUGAAUAUGUCAAAGUAUAAACGUUGCAUUGCAAAACGAUUAGAAAAUAGUGAAAUUCAUACCAGUCACGUCAGCCACUACAAAGGUACCUUGGUUUUAUCUCGUUUUUUUACACUUUAUUUAUUGAAGGCGCACGAUAAAGAUAAGUGGCUGUCGACGUAUUUAUCGCGGCCUAUCGCAAAAGAACUCGCACAAGGAAGUUAUAUUAUGCCAAUUCUUUUAAUGUUUAACUAUGUAUGAUUAUGAAAAUUUGAUUCGAUUUUGUUUCCUAUGUGUGAUUUGUAUACUUACAAUUUGGUAUUUUGCAGAAUUUAUAGACUGUAUAUUUAAUUGCAUCGAUUCUUUGUUUCUUUGUAUGUCUAUGAUUUUUGAAAGAAUUGGGUGUUACCUAAGUUGAUAUCAUUUUAAUUUAAGUAAGUACCUAUAAAUAUAGAAAAUUCAAGCUUAAAUCAAUAAGCUACCCUUAACAAACGUGCAAGUUUACUUCACAAAUAUAUGUCCAACUUUCAAUUUUAUUUUCUGAAUUGCAAGAAGUAAACUUUUGAACAAUGCAUAUUAGUCAGUUCAUUAAUCAAAAGUUAGCACAAGGGCUCGUCUGCGCCUGCCUUCACCGCCCACCCCUUUUGUCUGCUAAUCUAUAAUAUACAAGAAUAUAAGUACAGAUCACUAUGUGUAUACAUUUUCUUUUUAGGUGUUCCUCAAAAAUCUUACAAUAUUGUUAUAUGGCAACACUUUGACAAAUAAUUAAUUUGACAUAUAGCUGACACACAACCACGAACAACAAUCUGUCAUUUCGUAGUUUGUGAAAAAGACGAAAACCUGUGGCCGAAAACUUUCGAGUCCAAGUACAAACAUCCCAAGUAUUUUAUAUUUUAUGAUUUCGUAAAUCUUGUUUAUUUUCGCAAUGGACGAUAUUUGUCGUCUUUGUUGCUCCAACAAAUUUGUAAACAACUACAUAUUUGACGAAGAAAAGGCGUUGUUUUCAAAAAUGUCCAUGUAUUUGCCAAUAAAGGUGGUCAAAAAUGAUCCUUUACCCAAGAAAAUUUGUGACAAAUGUAGCUGCAAAGUCAAUGAUUUCUAUCAGUUUUGUAAUGAAACAAUUGAAGUCGAAAACAGACUCAGGAAAAUGCUAUCCCUGCAGUUAGCAAUAACUGUACCAAAUCCUGUAAGAAAUACACUAAAUUUAGGCAUUGAAACUACUGAUUAUCUAAAAAAUGAACAAAGUACUCAGGCUGAAGAAGAUUUUCAGAUAAAAGUAAAAGUUGAACCACUACAGUCACCCAUUGUUAUAAAACAGGAGUUGGUUUCAAACGAUGACAGUUUCGAUCACAAUGGCUCAGACAGCGAUGAUAAUCUCCUUAUAGAGAUUAAGAAAAAUAAAAAUCCAAAAGAAGAAAAUGAAAGAAAUGGCCAUGUGCAGUCUGCAGAAAAGAAAAACCAUGCUAUGUUGCACGCAGAAUUCUUUGAUAUGAAUUUGAAAGACAGCAUUAAUUUAGAAAUAGUUAAAGAUGAAUCUGAUGAUGGAUUUGAUAAUAUGGAUUUUGAUAAGGAAGUUUAUUACUGUUGUAUUUGUUUUGUUAAGUGCAAGACAAAAAGUGAUAUGAUUAAACAUUACAAGGGUCAUGUUGAUCAGACACAAGAUAUGAAGCCACCAGCAGCUCCGCCAUUUCCAGCUGAAGGUAGAUGUGAAAGAUGUCGGAAAGUAGUGCGAAAUCCAAAAGCAUGGCGUACACACUGGCAGCGUCACUGGAAACGAGAUAGACGACCUUACAGAUGUACACUGUGUGAGAAGUCUUUUCAGGGUCAUCAGCAAAUAUUGAAACACGGUCUAAUACAUAAACCAGAAUUUGAAAACCCAAACCAACAACCCAGCAAGCCCAUUAAGAGAUUUGUAUGUGAUCUCUGUCCCGAAGGAUUCGUUUAUAUGAGAUGUCUCCUAGCCCAUCGCAAUAGCACUCACCCCGAAGCAUCUUCUCGUGAGUUAGCUUUGCGCUGUGCGCUUUGUAGUCGGUCCUUUACGCAUCUCAACUCAUUGAGGAGGCAUUUGAGAUCGCACUCGGGCGAUCGGAAUUACCUUUGCAAUGUCUGCGGGAAGUCGCUCACGUCUAGGGAACAUCUGAAGUUUCAUAUACGGAUUCAUACGGGAUAUAAACCUAAUGUUUGCAAAACUUGUGGAAAAGGCUUUGUAAAGAAAUGCAACCUGACGUUACACGAGAGGGUGCACUCCGGUGAAAAACCCUACGUCUGCUCGCAUUGUGGAAAAGCAUUUUCACAGAGAUCCACCCUCGUCAUACACGAAAGGUACCACAGCGGCGCUCGGCCGUACAAAUGUGCAGUUUGUGGGCGUGGCUUUGUGGCCAAGGGUCUACUGUCGAUGCACUUGAAGACGUCGUGUGUAGACCUUCCAGCGCCAACUGGAAGAGAAAUGCAUUCCCCUAAAGUCGAAAGAGUUGAUCCUAGGUUGUUGGAGCAUUAAAAAAUGCUAAAAUAGUUUAUUGCAUAAGUGUUAUUUUUUAGUUUAAGUUUUAAAGUUCCUUGUAUAAACAUGUAUAGAAAUAAUACGAAAAUAAAUUUCAUCAAUUUUGUGUAAGUUUUUGUGUAAUUAAGCGACAUCUGUUGGCCUAUAUCAGAAACUAAAGUGUUUUAAAUGGUUUUAGUAGGUUAUGGUUUAUGUUGCCGUUAGGGUCAUCCUUUUAAUCACUUAUAUAUCAAUGAUAUUAAAGAUAUAUUUUUUUAUUGUCUUCGUGUAUAAAAUAUAUCGGCAUGUAAGUUGGAAAAAAUUUGCGACCGCAAUGAGGGUAGUGUACAAUAAUUUUAAAAGGUUUUUGGAGAAUGUGUAUAUAGCAAAAACAUUGUUACCGUUUUUGCUUAUUUGCAAAUACGGAAGUGAGAUAUAAUUCACACGCCAAAGAAAUAUUUAGAAAAUCUACCAAAAUGCACCUCACCUCUAAAAUUAUGAUUAUAUUUUUAUGCUUCAACUUAUAUCAUUGAAACUUUUUAUUUCAACAAAAAAUAGAAUUCCUAUUAAUAUGAUCUGCUCUGGAUUUGUUAAUUAAUAAUUUUUGAGAGGAGAAAAAUUUUAAAGGCUUUC